UUUGAUAAUCCGUCAUCUAGUAAUUUGAAGCUGCUCGUUCUGAUUCUCUCCACACAGAGGAAUUGAACUAAAAGACCUAAAAGGAUAUAUUUUGAGGAUAUAUUUUGAGGAAGAAAUGUUGCAAUCGGAAGGCCUUAGAAACGCAGCUAGAGUAAAUAAAGAGGCCGCUAUGGAGUGCUACAAAGCGGGCAGGUUUGGUAGAGCCAAAGAUAAAGCAUACGUCGCUAGUUAUUUCUUUCCCGAGCUUCCUGGUCUUCGCCGUCUCAAUGCCGUUCUUCAGGUGCUGAUCGGGUAUGAUAAAAAAUUCAACGGUAGUGUUGACUGGUACGCUGUUUUAGGGGCUUACCCGACCGAGGAUGUUCCAACAAUCCAGAAACGUUACAGAAAACUGUUUCUGGACAUGACCAUGGACGAUGGCGAGUCUCUCGUUGGCACUUAUAAAGCAAACAAGAUAUUUUCUGACUCCUGGAAAUUCUUGUGCAAUGAAAAGGGCAAGAAACUUUAUGACAUGAGGCGCCGUGACCAGCUUCAAUUAAGAGAGCGACAGCUCCGGAGCUCGUUAUUUGUUCCCGUGGUUUUGUCGGCACCUAAACCGAACAUGUCUAAUGAACAGAUGGUACAACCUCCUCCUCCAUCAUUCAGAGUUAGCGGAGGAGAAAGAAAACGAAAGGCGUCUUCAUCAACAACUGUCCCUCAUGUCAACAAGGGAAGAAAAAAACAGUGA